AUGAGUUAUAGAGUUCGAGUAAAUAAAAAGGAUCUUAGUAGAAGAAAAAAGAUUGAAUUACCAGUUGAUACUCAAUUAGAAAAAUCAAAAUUUAAAGAUUUAAAAUAUGUAUUUGUAGUUGAUUUAUCAAGUUAUUCACAUAAGAAAUGUAAUGCAUUGUUACAUCAAUUGUUAUAUGGUACGGUAAAGGAUAGUAGUCAGGUAAAGAUUGUGGUGGUGAUGAAAGCAAAGUUUAGUCCUGCAUGUGUUUGUGGAGUUGGUGACAAGGAUGAUACUACUUUUCACAAGAAUCGAUUCAUCACAGAGUCAGAACAUAGAGUGGUGGUGGGACCAGACCAAAAACAAAGCUCAAAGAUCUAUUGCUCAGAAGUCAUUAAUUAUUUGAUUGGUCUAUUCCCAUUUGGUGAAUCACAUAAACAUGUAUUUGCACAUUCCGAAGAUUAUAUCGAUAGUAGUUGUACUCUUCUUUCUCUAAUCACCCCAGAAAAGGAGACUCAACAUUUCUUUGAUUAUUUUGAUGUUGGUAUUGUUAGUCAUCAAAAUGAUGAUGAUGACAAUAAUAAUAAUAAUAAUAACAAUAAUAAUAAUAAUACAACAACAUCACCAACAAUGACACCAAAGAAAUCAUCAUCUUCUAUUCUAGGUAGUAGAUCUAUUGCAACCAAAUCAACAACACCAAUCAAGAAGCCAUUAUCAUCUAGAAAACAACAACAUGGAGAUGAAUACAUUAUAAAUGAAGAUUUGGAAAAAGAUGUUGCAGAAAAGACCGAGAAAUGGUUAUUGACAAGAUUGAAUAGUCAGUCAGAUUCAAUCAAUCUACCAAAAUCUCGUGGCAAGUUGGAGAAUGCAAUUAAAAAGUUUUGUAAAAUUAGCCAAAAGGCAAACAUUCAACCUGUACUCUUGUUCUUGUCAGAGUGCGGUGAUAUUAGUCUGUGCAAGGUGUGUCAGACUUGUAAACCAGUCAAUCCAGAUAGCACCAGUUACUAUUACACUAGAAACAAGGCCGAUGCCAAGAUGAUGGACCACUGCAAGUCUAUGAUGGCAAUGAUCAACACCAUCUACAGUACCAACCACCACGGACCCGUUGCUCUCACAUCUCUUACCCACUCUACAUUUGUCGAAUCAUUCCAAUUGAAUCCAGCGUCGGUCGUCGAUCAUUUGGUCAAAUCUGAUUUUAUCAAAGUCGAUGAUCAAGGUCUGAUCGUCGCCUACAAAAACCAAAAGAUCAAAUUAGAUAAAUUGUCUAUCUCUGAUGAUCCAUCUCAAAGCGGUGUAUCAAAUUCUGACAAUCCCGAAAUAGAAGAUGAUCUUUUAGAUGAUGAAAUUGAUCUUCAACCUGAAAAGGUUGAUUAUAGUUUCUUUGACUAA